CUAAUUCAGCAUCAUUAGUUGAAAAAUUUGUAUUCUGCAAUGGCGAGCAGAUUUGAUAUUGCAGUGACGGAACCAUACAGAAGAGACUCUCCACCACUUCACUUUAAGUUGGAAAUAAAUUCAUACUCCUCCUUAUUGACGACGCUAGCAAAAAAGUACGAAUCUAAAGUGUUUGAAGCUGGCGGUCACACAUGGAGGUUGGCUGUUUACCCAAGUCAAAUGAUAAAUGGAGAGAAGUACAUCUCCCUCUACUUGGCAAAGGCGAAGACAAAGAAUAAUGGUAUUAUUAACUCUGUGGUGUCAGCUCUUAGGGGGCAGGCGGAGGUUUAUGCUACUUUUAGAUUGUCUGUAUUUGAUCACAACCAAAAGAAUUACUUUACCGUCGAAGAUAAGGCCGGAGCAUUAAGCCGAUUUGAGAGUGGGACUGAGAUAGGUUUUGCAAAAUUUCUUCCCCUUCAUACUUUCCAGCGCCAUUCAGAGGGAUUCAUUUGGAAUGACUGCUGCACAUUUGGGGCCGAGGUCUUCGUCUCUACGAAUAAAAGGACACUUCACAGGGAAUCGCUUUCCCUCGAGACACCUGCCAUUCGCAUGCGUACUUUCCGUCGUGAUUUGGGACAGUUCUCCACACAAUUUGACAUGGAGUACGCAUUUCCACAAUUGAUCAUUGUUGGAGGAAGAAAAUGGCAGUUAUGUGUUUAUCCGAAAGGGUACGGGAAAGAGAGGAACAAGUCACUAUCACUUUACCUACGAUCGGCCGACGAUUUGGACACGCUUCCCAGUGUUUAUGCAGAAUUCAAGGUUCGGGUAAUUGAUCGAUCCCUUAAGACGCACAAUACUGAACGGAGAGGCAACCACUGGUUCUCCUCCUCAGACUGCAUUUCUGGUUGGCCAGAUUUUAUGCCGUUGCGAACUCUAAAGGGGUUCCUUAAGGGUGAUAUAUUAUCUGUUGAAGUUGAAAUGCUGGCUGUGUCUACGUCGUUGUGAGACAGCAGAGAGAUGGUUUCCAUCUUUGGAAUUGUGUUUGAAGCCCUUUCUGAAUUAUAUAUUGUGUGUCAAUUUUAUCAGUUACCUUUGAAGUUUUUGGAUUGAAUAUGAAUAAGAAAUAAUAAUGUUUUGAUUUGGAAUAAAAGUAAUUAGCAGAGUGUUUUGUUGUUAGAACUGUGUACGCUAGCUGGUGUACCGCUUGUAAUCCACACAAACAGAUGAAAUAAUUUUGAAAAAAAAAUGGUAG